AAAUUUGUCCAGUCAACUCUACAUGGCUUGUGUGUUUGUGUGUGCAGAUCGAAGAUGGCUUGUUCCAGAUAACUUGAUUUUUUUUUUGUGGAGGGUUUGGCUUGUGUAGAUAAAUUCAGUAAAAUCGACACCAACAGGUUUGUCCAUUUGACGCAUCAUGUAAGGCCCUAUACCCUUGAAAUUAUUCAUACUGCCGACCAGUUUUGAAUUUUCUUUUCUCUUGGGUCAGUCAACUUUUGUCGCAUUUGAAAACAACACAAAACAAAAUGUAAAAUGGGACUGGUUUUCCUCUUCAUCAUUGUGCUGAUGUGCUCUGAAAGUGUGGCCAAGAUAAAUGUCUCAACGUAUUAAAAGUAUUCGGCUAAAGAACAAUGCCCACCUGGCAGUUUGGAAUUCCUAAACAAACAUCACAGGCCAUUGGAAAAAAAAGAUAAACAGUUUCCAAGUGUGUAGACUAUUUAUCCGGUCAAAUAUAUCCGGUGGAGAUAACUCUAAAGUGCAUUUAGAAGCGGCCCGGAUACAUGUAGUCGUCGGUUGUAUCCAGGGGAGGUCAUUACAGUUUGAAUUUUUCGCCCAGCACCAAGUUCUGCUCUUUGUGGGUUUUUUCGUCCAUCAUGACAUUAAUGCUCAAGUUGAUUUCAGUGUCUGUGAUGACUAUCGGUUCCUUGUCCAUCUUUUUCCAGAUCUGCGAGUUGAUUUUGUUUCGAUCAGUCAACAGCACCUUCAAAGAACCUGACAUCGUCUCGACCGGCAUCUGGGGUGGAGUUUUCCUUGUCUUAUUCGCUGGACUGCUUUUGAAUAAUCGGUUAAGAGAUACCCGAGCUAUACAGGGACUGGCCAUUUACGGAAUAUUAGUUGGCGUCACUAUCGUAGGGUUGUAUUCGUGGAGCAUCAGCCGAUACCAAUCGGUCGUCGCCCAAUGCCAAAACAUCAGCGUAUCCAACGUGAAUUUGUGUGGUCGAGUGGCUCUCGAUUCCUUGCUCGUUAUUUGCGGAAUUUUGACCGUGGGACUCAACGUCUGCACUGCUGCGAUGGCGUCGAAAUUUGCAUUCGAUUGAACAAGUUCGACGAACCGUUGUCAGCAGCUUAUUUGCAUAUUAUCGUAACAAGUUCAGUACUUGUUUUCUUUUUUACCUAGCUUGGCAACAAUGAAUUUUUGUUUUUUUGUAUUUGAUUAAAUUAUUCCAUUAAAAGUCACAGUCCAAUUGAA